CCACGAAGACAGACAUUGCCCAUUCUGUUUAUCCUCUUCAAAGUCAUUCUGUAGCACAUGUGGCACCCUGAGAUAAACCUCAAAGCCACACAAUAAGUGACUCUGCAGUCUGUUCAGAGAUUACUUGAGCUCUAAACUAUCACACAGGACACUUGUCAGGUAUAAGGAUGCCGAACUGGGGAGGUGGAGCCAAAUGCGGUGCCUGUGAGAAGACUGUGUACCACGCUGAGGAAAUUCAGUGCAACGGAAGGAGUUUCCACAAGACAUGCUUCCUCUGCAUGGCUUGCAGAAAAGCUCUGGACAGCACCACAGUAGCAGCUCAUGAAUCCGAGAUCUACUGCAAAACUUGUUAUGGGAGAAAAUACGGUCCCAAAGGCAUUGGCUUUGGGCAAGGGGCAGGAUGUCUCAGCACUGACACUGGUGACCAUCUGGGCUUGAAUCUGCAACAGGGCUCCCCCAAGUCCACUCGCCCUUCUACACCAACUAAUCCUUCCAAGUUUGCCAAAAAGAUGGUAGAUGUGGACAAAUGCCCCCGCUGUGGCAAAUCGGUGUACGCUGCAGAGAAGAUCAUGGGAGGAGGAAAACCUUGGCAUAAGACAUGCUUCCGCUGCGCUAUUUGUGGAAAGAGUUUAGAAUCCACAAACGUUACAGACAAAGAUGGAGAGCUGUACUGUAAAGUUUGCUACGCAAAAAAUUUUGGUCCCAAAGGAAUUGGGUUUGGUGGCCUCACUCAGGUGGAAAAGAAAGACGAGUGCGAAUGAAGAGAAAUAGAUACAACAGACUCAAACUGCUGCAGAUGCCACCAAAUGAUAGCUGUCACGUAAAACACUAAAUGUCACAUAUUACUAAGAACCUAGGGCAUUUGUUUUAUAUUUUCCACCUUGCAGGAAAAAACUGUGAGCUUGUAUUUAAAAAAAUUCUUAGAAUAGCUUAAAAAAGUACAGUGAUAAAACUAGAUUCGUGUUUUGUUUUACAUUAAAGACAAAACCCCUCAUGGAACACUACUGCUUCUUAAACCAGUACUAACCACACUUUAGGCUGGGAUUUAAAAGACUCUGUAUACUGUCCCAUUAAGACAGAUACCUGACAGAGCAAAGGGUCAGAGCGUUUCGAUUCAGGGUGUGUUUUCGUUUGUUCAGAACGUUCUUCUGUCUAUGCUUCUACCAAUCUAGUGGUGUUUUGAAGACACUGGCAUUUUGUGUUACAGCAAUCUAGAUGUCAUUCAGUUUGUGACAAUUAAAAAGGAUUUGAAAUUCUUAUCGCAAAGUGAGAUAUUUCUGAAGAACAACAUUUUCUUGGAACACAGUGCUGUAAGUUUUGUAAUUGUAUGUUUUCAGGCUACAAUAAAUACUGAUAGUGCUUCACGUUACUUCUA